ACUUAGUUCUAUCUAAUAGGCGUGCAGAACCUUGGUCUGGUCCUUGUAUCUCUUUUUCGUUCUCACUCUUAGUUGCGUCCUUACCGGACGUAUGGGGAAUACCGUCCACGCGAUCGAACAUACUUCGGUCGACCGUAUUUUACAAUGGCCGCGUUCCCGUACCCCCGUCUAUUUGUGCUUUUAUAAUGUAUACAUUCCUGCUGUCAAAUACGUUACACCUGGUCACACCAGUGUUAGUCUGACAGCUGUCAGUCAUCCGUCGGAGAAAACGUGAAAAUGGGAGAAAUUAUAUUCCGGCAAAAAUAAAACUAAAUACGCAAAUAUAAAUCAAACAUGGCAUUGUUCAUGAAGCAAAACUUCUUCCCGCCGCUGCUGUCAAGAAAAUGGAUUGCCAUCAAAUUUAGGCCUAAUGUGCUGUUAUACAGCAGGGAACACGUUAUCUGUAUAUUAGAGAGUGGACUGCUGUUCCGAGAGGACAGCGCCACCGUGGAGCAGGAAUGUCCUCCCCCUGAAAAGGUGUGGGCGGCGGCGGGCGGCGGCGGCUGGGGCUGGUGCACGCGCGGGGAGCGCGGCGCCGCGCUGCUGGCCGUCGGCGCCUGUGUCCUCGCCUUCCCGCCCAGAACUCUAUCCCGCGGCGCGCUGGGCCGCCUGGCCGCCAGCCUGGCGAGCGCCGUGCUGGCGCGCGGCUGGCUGCGGUACCGCGCGCGUUCGCUGUCCCGCCUGCCGGCGCUGUGUGACGUCAUGCGCCGGUAUCUAGCGCUCGCGCGCCGCGCGCAGGCGUGCGUGAGGGACAACGCACAACACAACACUCUGGGUUCGGUGUCGCAAGCGCUGCAAGCCACGCACGCGCUGCUGUGCCGGCAGCAGGCGGCGCUGGCGACGCUCAUGUCGCGGGCGUCGGUCGCGUUGCUAGGCAACGCGCCGUGGCUGCGGGACGACCUCGCCUGGGCCGGGCUGCCCGACGCUACGGACCCUGUGCAGAAAAUCCACCACGCGUUCCUAGUGGUCCAGUCAACUUUGCUGAAGCACAUCGCGAUGGCGCACUUUACGCAGCCGUUACACACGCAACACGUCUUCAAGAACCACAACGAACGCCUACACUGGAUACACACAGUACUAUUGCAGCACCUGCUCGAAGAGUUCGAAGAAAACUAUGAAGCUUUAGACCGUAUGUAUAGAAUAUUUAAGAAUUAUGGAAGCAAAGACGUCGAAAGGAAAACCUUUCCUGUUAAUGAUAGGUGGUUAUAUUCUGAAGUUCAUAGCGGAGUCGCUAGAACUUGCUUAGAUUUAAAAAUGGCUCUUGAAAAAUGUACUAAUCUAGACAUGUUUUUAGACUCCUGUGCUAUUAACGAUCAGGAGCUAAAUUUAGAUGUGCUUAAUGAAGAUAUUGAUAAUCUAAUUGAUGAAUUAGCUAAGUGUUUAAACACUAUGCAAAGCUCUCAAAUUAGGUUAAAGAAGUUACAAAGAAAAUUCAAUAUUGAAGAAGAGAGGAAGAAAGAAAGUGAAUCUGAAGAGGAAGUGAUUUUGAGAAUUGAAGAUAAACCAGUUGAAGUUAAAGAUGAAGUAUUUUAUUUGCUAAAAACUGAAGAAGAUAAUGAAAGGCAAGAUAUAGCUGAUGUGACGACAGCCCCGGGUAAGAAAGAGAGGGAAGCAACGAAGUUUAUGCUAAAUGAGUUAAAGAGGAAACUAGUUAAAAGAGAAGACAUUAUGAGAGAGAGGGAGAGGCAAGCUUUGGUCAAAACUAUGCCUCAAUUGAAAGACGUUCCUGAAUUCCCGAGGCAAAUCAAAAUGGAGGACUAUACAGAUAAAAAGGGGUUUAUAAAGAAAAUCCUCAAAGACAUUAAUAAGGACAGACUGUUCAAAGAUUAUAAAAUAGGUUCUAAGACAAAACGUAAAAGGAAGUAUAAGUUUAAUGUUAAUAAAUAUGAAAGCGAAGCUGAAAUUAAGGAUGCUUUAGAAGCGAAUGCUAAAUUAAGUGCUAAAAGUAAAAUUAUAAGCAUUUCUAGUAAGAAUAAAGAAUUGAUACUCACAAAAUGGAAUAAAAAACAAUCAAUACCAGAAUCGAGUUAUUCUUCAGACAAAGACACUGAAGGAUCUUUAAGGCAAGCGUUCAAUAAUACUGUCAAUAACGCUGUCAAUAAAACAAUUAAUGAGGCUGUCAAUAAACUAAGUCCAAAACCCGUAUCGAGUUACUCAUCUGAUAAAGAGUCCGAAGGAUCUUUUAACCACGCCGUCAAUAAUACUGUCAAUAAAGCUAUAAAUAAAACAAUAAAUCAAGCAGCUAACAAUCAAAUUAAAUUCACAAAAAAAGAUUUAGACUUCUCCACAUCUUCUGAAAGCGAUUAUGACCAUGAACACCAGAUGGCGUUGUUAAAAGAUAUAAGAAGGCAUAGAGUUGCCAGGAAAAAAAAUCAUCCUGUCAAACGUGUAUCCAUAGACAUCGUAGACGAGAGUUUAAAGCCCAUAGAGUACAGUUUUGGGACUGGUAUGGCCAUGGCUUCGGUGUUGCAGGUGAAUAAUUUGAAAAUGCCCAAUAUGGGGGCUGAGGAGGUGUUUAUUGGGGAUGGGGAGGUAUCCAAUGAUAGCGGGAACGAUGAAGAUGCUUAAUUUAGUCUAUGGAUUUAUAAUGUUUUUUUUUAUUAAUAUGCGUAAGUAUAAAGCUUUUGUGUAACAUGGUUAAACCAUGGACAAAAGAAAACUCUGAGUGUUGUGAGGUUUUCGAUACACGAAAGGACUUUGCUGCUUCGGAAAGUUUCCAAAAAGUUGGAAAAGUUCUUGAAAAUUUCUCACCUAAAUCAUACAAAUAAGUAAGCAUAGAGUGCUCACUCCAUACAUCAGUUUUCUUACCAAAACGCUUAUUAUUUACGUGGUCAACAAGUCGCGGAUUUAUCAGUAUUGCUACUCGACAAUAGAUGUCGCGACGAACGAAAAUACUAAUGCUCAAAAAAUUUCAGCUCCUUGUAAUAUUAGUUGUAAAUUGUAAAGCAAUACACUUUUCGUCAGUCGCGACACUCGUGACAUCUAGUAUCAAGUAGCUGUACUGAUAAAUCCGCUACUAGACGCUAGAUGUCGACUCCGAAAAUAAUAAGCGUUUUGGUACCAAAACUGAUGUAUGGAGUGAGUAUGCUUACUUAUUUUUCUAUGACUCAAUCAGAGAAAACCUUCAUUUUGGAAAUGACGAAUUCGAUUUCUAUACAAAAAUGUGAGUUUCCGAAUUGUUUCCCUAGUGGAAGUUUUGCUGUUUAGAAACUUUCGGAUAGCAUACGCACAUCAGUAAACAAAAUAGGCCUAAUUUAAAUACAAUGCUUAUUAGUAUUAAACUAAUUUUAGGGUUUAAACUCACUCGCGCGACAUUUUUCGGAGAGCCUAGGUCUCUUUUCCAAGCACUAACAGUGUGGCAGCGUUCACGACAGUCGUGCUUCGCGUACUGCUGCACACCGCGUCGCACGCCGAGAAAACCGGUUGGGGGAGGUCUCGCGGAGUCGUGUAUCUGGGUUUGGGUCACCUAACACUAAUAGCUACUAACAGCAUGAACUGACUAAAAACAAGUGAGUUUAAAUCGUAAAAUUAGUUUAAUGUUAGUAAGUCUCACGACAGUUUUAAAUCAAUUAACGCUUAUUCAUAUUUAUAUUUUAAAAUCAGCGUAAUAAUAGUCGGACCAAGAUAAGUUGGCAGCGAUUUUGACAGCCCAGACAGUGCAAGUGUUAUUUUAAACGUCAAACUUUGAAAUUAUGACGUUCACUUAACACUUACACAGGCUGGGCUAUCAAAAUCGCUGCCAACUUAUCUUGGUCUGACUGUAAGUCUGUUACAAACCUACGCGAAAAACUAUAUUAUUAAUUAUUAAGAUUUGUGUUGAUUUACUAAUUGAAUUCAAAUAUUAAAUAAAGCUUUUAGAAACUUGCGAGGUAAAAAUAUACCUGUCUCGAUAAUGUAUUUAAUUAAACGCUUUUUAACUAAAAAAACUGUGUGUAAAGUAGAUAAGGUACAUUGGGAUAACUUCGAAGGUAGGGUAAGUUAGAAAAAGGCAAAUGUGGCAUUAUCUAUGAAAAGGGACCUUAUUGUCGAUGGCGCUUGCGUCGCGCAGCGUUGUAUAUGUAUCGGAGCAUCGUUUAUAACGGCGGAAGCGCCACCGACAAUAAGGUCCCUAUUCAUAGAUAACGUCACAAAUGUCUAAAAAAUCUAAAGCACUUCAUACUUUAAUAACACUACUGCACUUACCAAGGCAUUUUGCUUACUGUUGCUAGAGGAGCGUGCAUAAACUGUAGGGGGCAGCACAGGAGACGUCAGAUUUUUGGCGCGAGGUGUGAAUGUGAAGUUUAUGCUUCCAAUGUAGGCAAUGUGGGCUACAAGGUGGCAGAACCUACUGCACAAGUAACGUACGAGAACGGUAGAUGGCAGCACUUGAUUUGGCGUGAAGUGUCUUGUGGCCUGCCACAAGAUGGCAGACCCUCCAACGCGCACGGUGCUGGUUAAGUCAUAGUUAAGUAGAUAUUUGCCAUUUUCAAUAUUACCCCGCGUUCGAAGUUAUCGCAAUGCAACUUAUAAUAAGGCCGAGUGAAAUCAGCAAUUUUAACCUUUUCAACGCUUUUCCACACGUGUCAAGAAAUGCCAUGGACGCCAAAAUGUUAACUGGUGAAGAGCGAAUAUGAAGCUUAACUGACAGUAGGAAAGUCGCUUUGACAACGUCCGCCAUAGCCUUUUUAAUGGUCAUUGGCGUCGCGGGCACGACAGACGAUGACCGUUUUAGUGGUCUUUGGCGUUGAAAAGGUUAAUGAAACUUAAUUUCAAAUCCAAAUACUUAAUAUUUUCAAUUAUGAUUGUGAUGUUUGAUAUUUUAUAGUAACGAGAUACUGUGAUUAUAAUAAUUGAUAAUUGUAUUUGAUUAAUGGAAAUAAUAAUAAAUAUUGAAUAAUUGCAUUUA